AUGACUUCCGAUUGAGCAAGGAAGCCAACGUUAUCCAGCAACGUUAGCUAGCAAGGACUAGCAGUAGCCUCAUAAGAACAAUAUCAUACGACGCAUCAGUUUAUUAUUUCACCAGACUGCUCCCUGAAAGUGCUGCAGAAAGGGUUUUCAGUCCUUUCAACCUGCAAAAAUGCCAGCCGCACUUGCAGAUACCAGUCAGAUUAUCUGUGAGGUCUGGGCAAGCAAUGUGGAGGAGGAAAUGAGGAAAAUCCGACAGAUAAUUCAAAGCUACAACUCGAUUGCCAUGGACACAGAAUUCCCCGGAGUAGUAGUUCGACCCAUUGGCGAGUUUCGUAGCACAGUAGAUUACCAGUACCAGCUCUUGAGGUGCAACGUGGACCUUCUGAAAAUCAUCCAACUGGGACUGUCGUUUAUGAACGAGGACGGAGACUAUCCCCCUGGAACGACAACAUGGCAGUUCAAUUUCAAAUUUAAUUUAACAGAGGAUAUGUACUCCCAGGACUCAAUAGACCUACUCCAGAACUCCGGCCUCCAAUUCAAAAAGCACGAGGAAGAGGGGAUCGACACUCUGUACUUUGCUGAGCUCCUGAUGACAUCUGGUUUAGUGCUGUGUGAAAAUGUAAAGUGGCUCUCCUUUCACAGUGGGUACGAUUUUGGCUACCUGGUGAAGCUCUUAACAGACACUCGCCUACCUGAGGAGGAACAUGAGUUCUUCCAGAUCCUCAAUCUCUUCUUUCCUGCAAUCUAUGAUGUGAAAUAUCUGAUGAAGAGCUGCAAGAACUUAAAGGGAGGACUCCAGGAGGUGGCUGACCAGCUGGAAUUGAAGAGGAUUGGGAGACAGCACCAGGCCGGCUCCGAUUCACUGCUCACAGGAAUGGCCUUCUUUAGGAUGAAAGAGCUUUUCUUUGAAGACAACAUUGAUGACGCAAAGUAUUGUGGGCGAUUGUAUGGAUUGGGCUCUGGGUCCACACAAAAUCAGAACGGCAUCUCAAGUUCUUCCCAAGAGGAAACUAACAACAAGCACUGACUGACCACAAGGCCAUCAAGUGGAAGAUUCACUUGUUUUAUCCCAUCCAGUAGAUGUUUCUCUUCUCCCCUCACUCCCAGAAGAAAACAUGAGGAUUAAUUUCUGUAUCAAACUUCACCAGCUGCAAAAAGGGCAUUGGUUACCACAGACUCUCCUCUUGAACCCAUUUUGUUCUGUCAUAGUUGAUUUUACUGCGUAUUGUCACCAUUCAAAUUCCCUAUUGUACCACCAUUGAGCCUUUCUAGCGCCCAUCGCACAGGUCCAGUAUUCGGAAACCUUUUAUCUGUGUGUUACAGCAUUGCAGUAACUACCCUUCUUUUAAAAGCAUGGGACCCGUUCGUGUAUUGUACUGCAAAUGAUAAGUGUAGCAUUUAAGUGCUCGAGCAAUUCCCUGCACUCCUGCUUUUCAAAACGACAAACUCUAUUUAGACCCAACUGUAGCUCAAGCAUCGGUAGGUAUCGUUCCCAAACCAUUGCAUUGUUGGAUACAUGCUUGUAGGGAUUGUACACUUUUUUAAAUUAUGCUGGACAGGUAUGUAAAAUUCACUGAAGCCAACCUGUUUUAGCAUUUUUCCUUUGUGGAAGGAGACUUUUAGGUGGGUACCAGGCUGGUCUGAGUAUGAACGUGUUACAGGGGCACCCUGCAGUUCAGUGUAACAUUUGCUUUUAAUUUGUUCGCUCAGUUUAAACAGAUGUUUUUGGUUGCUAUUGUUUUUACAACAUACAUUGUUUGAAACAGUUGUAUAUUAAAACAUUUUCUAUUUUCAA